AUGGAAAACAAAGUAAAUGAUCUGUUUAAUGAAGUUUCCGCAUCAGAGGAACUAGAACAAUCUCAAUGGUGGUAUGAUAACGAGGCUGAAAUUGAACGUACACUGAUUCUAGAAACAUCUCACAAACAGUUUGACAACUCCCCGAUAGCAAACUGUAGUAUUCAGAUGUCAAAGGAAUAUGCAGAAAUAGAUCUGUACUUCGUGAAUAGAUCUGUAAGAAAAUCUUUUCAGACUACACCACCAUCUAAAAUGGAAAUGUCAAUUCCUUUGUCUGUAGUACCAUUCAACAAUGAAGAAAAGGGGUUUAAUAGAAGAGGGUACAGGCCUCACAUGAAAUCCGAAUAUCUGAAAUCUCCUUACAUUAUACGGGCUGUUGAUAUCACCAAAGGAGUUCCACGACAAGAAAAACGUGUAGCAAAAUGGAUAUUCUCUCUCUAG